AUGGCCAACCCCUUGGCCCGCGAAUUUGUAACCGACGGCCCCAUGCUCUUGAUUGGGGCGGGCGUUGGCGUCGCGCCCUUCCGCGGGUUCGUGCACAGCCGCCUCAAGUCCGCCAAUUGUGCGAACAAGGUCUGGGUGAUGCAGGGCAUUCGCGAUUCGGAAUUCGACGAGCUUUAUCAGGGUGAUUGGGGCCAGUAUGAGGAUAAAGUAAAGAAGGUGGUCCAAUCACGCAAAGCGACUGGUGAUGGGGAUGCGCAGUACGUGCAGCACGAGAUUCUGUUCCAGGCGGAUCUGGUGUGGUUUAUUAUCAAUGCACUGGAUGGACGAGUGUUUGUGUGUGGCAGUAGUAAGGGGAUGGGCGAGGGGGUGUGGGCGAGUUUGGUUCAGGUGGCGAUGAAAAAGGGGAAGUUGAAUCACGAGGAGGCGGAGGCGUUUUGGGAGGAGAAGAGGGUUGGGGGGCAGUAUGUUGCUGAGACUUGGUGA